AUGGCCUCCCAAGAAGUUGAUAAUGCAGAGCUGGGCACAGCCUCAUCUGGUGGUGCUCCAGGCGGCCAGGCAGAACUGGAAGGUGUGAAUAAUUCUGUUUACCAGCCCAUUGAUGGAUCACAAGAUUAUCAAAAGAUGGGACUACAAACGCUUGGGGCCAUCCAGAUCCUGAAUGGAGCCAUGAUUCUGGCUUUGGGUGUUUUUCUGGGUUCCUUGCAAUACUUGACCCACCUUUUCCGGCACUUCUUUUUCUUCACCUUCUACACAGGCUACCCGAUAUGGGGUGCUGUGUUUUUUAUUAGUUCAGGAACCCUGUCUGUUAUAGCAGGGAGAAAACCCACGAGAGGACUGAUGGAAAACAGUUUUGGAAUGAACAUCGCCAGUGCUACAAUUGCACUCGUUGGGAUUGUUUUUCUCUCAAUAAAUUUAGCAGUUAACAACCAGUCAAUCAAGAGUUGUCAGUCUUCAAACUCUCCGGACUUAUGCAUUUACAUGGGCUCCUCAUCAAACGGACUGGUGUCUCUAAUGCUGAUCCUCACCUUGCUGGAGCUGUGCAUAACCAUCUCUGUCUCAACCAUGUGGUGCAAGGCAAACUGCUGCGGUUUGAGAGAGGUGAAUAAGGUUUAUUUUUUAAUUCCGAAAGCACCUUGGUUCGGUCCACCAAUUCCUGAAGACACAGUGGGAAGAUGGCACCUGGGCUAUUACAUUUUCACUAUGAAAGGUACACCAAUACGUCUUUUAGUACCCUCUGUUCAUGCAAAUAUCUUUGUUUCCCGUGAGGAAGAAUUUUAUCGCAUCCCAGAAAAACAACACAGGUCUACGUGUGAAGCCAAGUACGCCUUAAACAGGGAAGAGAGGCUUUUCAAAGGUGCAAUUGGAGAACUUCUGAUACAGAAAUGGUUGAAUUGGGACACAAGUAGGGAAGGAUCUGGAAAGGAGGCACAGAAAGCUCUCUCUGUUCUGCAGUUCUCUCUCACCUUCUCAACUCCCACUAAAAAGUCUCAUUCUUAG